ACUAUUGAACACCUUUGUCAUCUCUCUCUUUCUCUCUCUUUCUCUCUCUUCGUCUUUCCUUCUGAGUGACGAUUCUCUCUUUUUUUCCACACCCAAUUUCGCCAGAUAAACCCUAACAAAAGGUUCCACUUCGUCGUCCUCACCAAUCUCCAAUCGGCGCAUGUUAGUGGAAGGAUAAUGGUUCCAGAGUAAGAAACCGAGAAGACAAACUCUCUCUCUCUCUCUCUCUCUCUCUCUCUCUCGCUAAAGCCAUGGCAGAGCUGCAGCACUUGGUGGAAGGUCACAACACAAACGGCGGUUCAGGUUUCAUCCAUCCUCCUCCUCCGGCGAUGAUAACCUCAGCCGAAGCACCCGAAACAUCCGCCGGAACCAAACGCCUGAGAAGACCGAGCGUUCGCCUAGGAGACAUCGGCGGAGGCGGGGGCGGCGACCAGUACCAGCACGCGCCGUACGAUUCUCCGCACGCGCGGCGUCCGCAGUGGAGCAACAGGAAGGAGCCGCCGGGGAAGCAGCAGCAGCAGCCUUCGUCGAGGACUCGAGCCCUGACGAACCUGAGCUCCGGAUACGACAACAACAACAACGCCGGAGCGGCCCUAGACGAAGAUCCGAUUUCUGUCGGGACUUGGCGGGUCAACAAGUGGGUGAAAGCUUCGAGCGGAGAGACGACGGCUGCGGCGGCGGGUGCGGGUGCGAAGAGAGUGAGGUCGAAUUGGGCGACGACGAAAGAAGAUGAAGAAAUGGAAGAAGGGUUUCGCGAUUUCAGCAGAGAUGAUUCGGAGUCUCCGACGGAGGAGGAGGAGGAGGAGAACAGGACAAGGUACGAGAAGAGGGGAGACUGGCAGAGAGGAAGAGGAAGAGAAGGAGUGAAGAUAUGGCUGCAGGAGUUAGGGUUAGGGAGGUAUUGGCCAAUGUUUGAGAUGCAUGAAGUCGAUGAAGAGGUGUUGCCGUUGUUGACGUUGGAGGAUCUCAAGGAUAUGGGGAUCAGUGCUGUUGGGUCGAGAAGGAAGAUGUUUUGUGCUCUACAGAAGCUCGGCAGAGAGUUCUCGUGAUAUUAUAAAAAAAAAAGGCAGAGUCUUUUGUGACAGCCAUUGCUCUCGUUUUUCUUCUCUUAGUAGUGUUUGUAGUUUGUAGUAGUAAAUGAGGAAGAAGUAGGGUGGUUUGCUCAUUGUUAUUGUAUUGCUGGUGUCUUUAUGGUUCUGAGCUUAUUGACUAUUACAAUUAUGAAAAUCUCAAACAUGCAAAGAGUUUUUUGUUUGGAGAAAAAAAAAGAAGCUCUUUUGACAUUU